CCGCAUUUCACCAACAUUACAAGACGUAAUUAUCUGCCGUAAUUAUUGGCAGUCAUCUUGUUGGCGUUUCGAAAUUCAAAAACUCAACCGUCACAAUGGAUUUCAAAGUCCAGCCUCAAAAUCCUCACACCUCGCGCCGCAGCGGCAAGAAGCGGGCGUUGCGCGUCUACGAGAACAUCACCAAGCCGCCUGACUCACCAAGCCGCCUGACUCGAGACAGCUGCCCCGCCCACCGGCUCUUCCUGCUGUCCCACGCUUCGAGACUCGGCUCAUCGUAUGACUCGACCAUCUCCAUCGUGGCCAACUUGGUCUCGGACGACCUGACGCUCGACCUCUAUUCCACCCGACCAAAGUCCAGCUCAGGAGACGGCACCGGCAAAUAUUGGGGCCAACUAACGACUAAGCUUUUCCGCACCGUCUACCCUAGCACCUGGAACAUCUGUCUCUACGACGCCUCCCAAGCCGCCCGCCUCAGCCACAUGAUGCCCUCCCCCAACGUCAUCGGCGACCGUCUCGUCGUGUCAGCCUUUCUCUUCGACACCAUCGCCACACCAUACUUUCUCCCCUUCUGCGCCGCACACGUGGCCCCUAUCUACGCGGCUACGGGCCAACCACGCGAGAAGGUGCUCUGGCGCACCAUCAUUGGCGAUUUCCACGAGGAGAUGCCUGCCUACCCGGCUCCCGCCCUGGCAGGUCACAGCUUCCGCACCAUGCUCCUGCAAGACCUGGCCAGGUAUGUGUUCAGCCAAGGGCUGGGCGCCGUUGAUUUGAGUACCCUUGGUGAUGGGGACCCCGACAACGCCAUCUGGGGUACUGUGUCGAGCGUCGGGGCAGCCUACGCAGAGCACCUGGGCGAACUGGAGUGUCUUGAUGAGCUGUGCGGAUCAUCGGCUGGUGUAGAGAUGAAAGACUGGGGACACCUCUGCUCUGCAUUUUCGCGAUAUCAGUUAUUUCUGCUUUUUCUCUUCCUUAUUGUCUUAACCGCUGGCAUCCGCUUCCACAACAAGCAUGGUGUGGUGUCCGCUGGAGCAUGUCGGUGA